AUGCCUCUCUUUUCUCCUUUUCCCUCAUCCCUUCCCUUCAAUACAACUAAGAUGAUCCAUUAUCUCAUGCCUCUUCUUUUCUCUCGCCCUUUUCCUAUCCAUUAUCUCAUGCCUCUUCUUUUCUCUCACCCUUUUCCUGUAUCUUUCUCUCCUCUCAUCCCUUCCAAUACAACUAAGAUGAUCCAUUAUCUCAUGCCUCUGGUCUUCUCUCACUUUUUUCCUUAUCUUCUCAUUCUCUCCCUCAUCCCUUCCAAUACAACUAAGAUGAUCCAUUAUCUCAUGCCUCUGCUUUUCUCUCACCCUUUUCCUAUCUGCUUUUCUUUUCUCUCCCUUUUCCUGUAUCUUCUCAUCCUCUCCCUCAUCCUUGUCAAUACAACUAAGAUGAUCCAUUAUCUCCUUCACCUCUGGUCUUCUCUGCCAUCCCCCUUUUCCUGUGGUCUUCUCUCAUUUCUCUCCCUCAUCCCUUCCAAUACAACUAAGAUGAUAAAACCCUUCUUUUUUUUUCCCCUUUUUUUUUCCCCUUUUUUCCUUUUCCCUUUUUUUUUCCCCCCCCCCCCCCUUUUUUUUUUUUUCCUUUUCCCCUUUUUUUCCCCUUUUUCCCCCCAUUUCUCCUUCCCCCCCCUUUUUUUUUUUUUUUUCUUUCCCCCCCCCCCCUUUUAA